AUGCGUGUGUUCAAGAUUGCAGUCCUCGUGGGCGCCUUAUGCGCGACCACUGUGAUAGCAGGGACAGAAGAGCUAGCGGUAGCUUUGCCCUCGUGUGCGCUGGGUUGCAUGAAGACUUCGGUGUCAGAAUCAUCCUGUGCGCCCACCGAUCAGUUGUGUCUGUGUAAGGACGCUCAUUACACUGCCGUGCUCGAAGGGUGCGUUCUCAACAGUUGUACGGUCAGGGAAUCUUUAACUACCAAAAAUGUCACAACAACAGCGUGUGGAGCUCCUAUCCGAGAUCGAACCAAGACGGUCUCUUAUGCAGGUGUGGCAGGCGGGAUCAUAGCUCUUGUGGCUUUUAUUCUCAGGAUGAUAGCCCGACUGGGGGUCUGUGGCGGUGUUUUUGGUAUGGACGAUUGGACAAUGUUGUUGACAAUACUGUUUCUCAUUCCGCUUUCAGCACUAUCGGUUGUCUUGGCCAAUGCAGGUUUAGGGAAAGACAUGUGGACAAUUCCUUUUGAAAAUGUCACCCACAUUCUCUAUGUCUACUUCUGGGAUGAACUGAUCUAUUUGAGCAUUCUUCCUCUGACCAAGAUAUCAAUUUGCUGUUUCUACCUUCGGAUCUUCCCCGAUAAAAAGUUCCGGACUGCAACUUAUAUUGCUAUUGCACUGAACAUUGGGUACAUGAUCGCCUUUAUCCUGAUCUCGGUAUUCCAGUGUCGGCCACUACCCGGCGCAUGGCACCGCUGGGAUGCAGAGGAAGAAUACAAGUGCAACGCUAUCAAUGCCCAGGGCUGGGCUGCAGCAGUGUUCAACAUGGUUCUUGAUAUAAUUGUCAUGGCUCUUCCACUGCGCCAGCUAUAUCGUCUGAAUCUUUCUGUGAAAAGGAAAUCAUACGUGAUGUGCAUGUUCGGUCUCGGUAUCUUUGUCACUCUCGUCAGUAUUCUGCGGCUUAACUCACUUAUUCACUUCGCCUCUACCACUAAUCUGACAUGGGACUACGUGAGCAUCGGCUAUUGGAGUACUAUUGAAUGCGACGUCGGUGUUAUCUGUGCCUGUUUACCGGCCAUCCGAUCCUUGCUGCGCCGUGUAUCUCCCGGACUCUUCGGCGAUACUCAACAAGCGAAAUCAAACGGCAUCAACUCUUAUUCCCCCGGAACUGGAUCUCAGUUUGGAACAGCUAAUAUCCAGAGCAAGAAUGAUGACCGCCACUUCUACCCACUAGAUGAUGUGGAUCACUCCGAUGAAGCCCGACUGCACCACCCGGUGUAG